GCCGACGCGGGGCGCGGGGCGAGCCAGACAGAGCGCGACGGCGACAGGGCCUACGACAAGGGCACUUAUGGGAACGCCAUCAACGAGUACACGAAGGCCCUGAAGCGGGACAACUGCAAGGCGCUGGAAGGGCAGCUUCUGGCCAAGAGAAGCGCGGCGUUCGCAGCGUUGUCGACCGAGCUGCGGUUCCGACCGGCCACGGCGUCCGCUCUCUAUGGCAUGGACCCCUACGACCUCGCGAGGCUCGCGCUGAAGGAUGGGCAAAGGGUGGCUGAACUCUUUCCCAGGCACUCCGAGGGCCACCUCAGGAAGGCAUUUGGUCAUUAUCUUCUUGAGAACUAUGCCCAAGCAGAGGAGGCAUGCCUGGAAGGCUUGAGAUGGGAUAUUGAUCGUGAAGCCCUGAGGAAAUGCCUCAAAUUGGUGAAGAUUGCCACUGGGGAUGCACAGCAGCAACAGAAUCAAAGGACAGGGAGCGGAAGGCCUUUGGAAGCUUCUCGAGAUGUGGACGAUUUGGAGUGUGUGCUGUGCUUGAAGUUGCUGUGUGAGCCAGUGACAACGCCCUGUGGCCAUUCUUUCUGUUCCCAGUGCCUCCAGAGGUCAUUGGACCACAGCAACAAAUGCCCUUGUUGCCGAACGGUGCUGCAUCUCUCACAAGAGCUCGUCGUGUCAGUGACAUUGAAAAACAUCGUUCAGAAAUCAUUCCCUGAAUUGUAUGCUGAGAGGUUGAAGGAGAUGGCAGACCCAAGCGCUGCAUCCUCAAGUGGAUCUGCCAUCCUCCCCCUUUUCGUACUGACCACCCUGAUGCCAGGUGAGAAGAUGGCCCUGAACAUUUUUGAGCCACGAUACAGGCUCAUGGUCCGGAGAGUCAUGAGCGGCAGCCGGCGAUUUGGGAUGGUGGGGAAGAGCACAGACCCCAACGAAGUGGAGAGGGUGGCGUGUGAAUGUGAAAUCACGGAGUGUGAACCACUCCCAGAUGGUCGAUACUACUUGGAGGUGAUCGGUCGACGACGGAUCCACAUCAAGGAGCACUGGGAACAGGAUGGUUACAGGGUGGGCAAGGUAGAGCAGAUGCACGAUGACACGCCUCUGGACGCGAGCCAAGUGGCCAAACUGGCGGGUGAGAUCAAGGCCACCACUUCAAACUUCCUUUCGCUGCUUCGUACCAUCUUGGCAAAGCGUGGGCCUCGCAACAGCGCCCUCCAACUGCUGGGCCGCGUCAGUGAGGAGCCCUCGGCGACUGAUCCGGAAACGAUCAGCUUCUGGGCAGGAGGUCUGCUGCCUGCUGCUGCUCCGCAGCGCAGCCGGCUGCUGCAGACAACAUCCACCGAAGAGCGCCUCAAUUGGAUGCAGGCGCACUUGAAACAGUUGUGGGAGGCCAAAAACGACUGGGCGUGA